AUGACAGGACUCAAAGAAGAAGAAGGAAGAGAAGGGGAAAAGAAGAAGAGGACCAUGGCUGCAUCUGACAGUGGGGCGAAGCCUCUUCAGAAUGCUAUGAAAAUGGCAAAAGUAGCCAUACAGUUGGACGGAGAGAACAAACACAAGGAAGCGUACUGUGAAUACCUCCGGACCAUCAACUACAUAUCUCAUGCACUUUUGGAGGACGCUGGGUCACAAACCUCAGAGGAGAGAGAUGUGGUGGCGGUGGAGGAGGAGCGGAUGUUGAGGCUGGCUGAACAGUGUCUGGAGCGAGCCAAGUCUUUUAUAGGGCGGAGAGCUGAACCCCCUGUCCUCUCUGCCCCAGUCUCCAGUUCCCUUUCAUGUUCACCUGGCCAAUCAGAGCCCCAACAGACUGCUGUCCCCCCACCUGCAAAUGCUGCAAACACUGCCCCUCCAUCUGAUACACCUAUCGACACAGAGCAGAAAGCAACCAGUCCAACAAAGAGCGGUCAUCGCAGGGUACUGUCAGAUGGUAGCAAGGAGCUCUCCCCUUUUCUGCCUCCUGAAGUUUUCCAGAGACUACAGACAGUGAAGUCAAAGGACACAAGCAAAAAGGAGCUGACACCAAUUGAAGAAGCAUCACGUUUGAACCAGAAGUUGAAAGCAAAUUAUGAAGCUCGUCUGGCAAGGCUCACACCUGGUCAGGCCUACCAGAAGACGUCUUUGACGCUUUCUCUCCAGCGGCAGAUGAUGGAGAACCUCAUCAUAGCCAAAGCCAGGCAGGAUGCUCUCCAGCGGAAGAUGGAAGAGAGAAGACUAAGGCUACAGGAAGAGGCCAACAGGAGAUUUGCAGCAUCUGGGGCAAUGACUACAGAGGAGCAGGAGCAGCGUAUUCUCUAUACCAAUGUACUGGAAUAUGAGCAAGACAAUGAUUGGCCCAAACUGUGGAAAGCCAACAUGAGGAAGAAUCCAGAUGAUGUCACAUUAGUGUCAGACUUGGUCUCCUACCUGCUCAGCCGGACUGACCACCCAGUGGUGAAGCUGCUAAGGAAACUCCAGUACCGGGUUUACAACAGGCUCUACCCUAUCAUCAGUAAAGGCCUCCCUCAGAGUCCUGCCCUGCCACUGAGGCCUUCUCACAGCACUCACAACCUGCUUCAUCCAGAGACGAAGAUGAAGCCAACCAGGGGCAGCAGUGUUGGAGGCCAGAGCUUCAGCACAGACUCGCUGCGCUCCACCUCACUCUCUCGUGACCUCCACACCAACUAUGACAGUGAGGACGGGCCAGAGCCUCACGCACAGGUGACGAUAGAACGGGAGAAUUCGUUUGAAGAUCUGGAGCAGUUCCUGACCCAUUUGGACUGGGCUCCGCCUCAUGAGAACCCAGAUGACACUGGCUCAGAAUCAGAGCUGACCUGUGAUCCUUCGAUGCAGCCAGAGCAGGACGACGGAUACCUCCAGGAGCUGGAGCUCAGAGCACUGACAGAACAUCUGAAGGCCAUUGUCAAAGACAUUCAUAUUGCAAUUGAUCAGCUGCUGUCAUUGUGUUUACUAUCCUUUGAGUGUCUCAACACAGCCAGCUCUAAAGACCUGUGCCUCGCCAGCAUUGAAGAAGCCUUCUUCACACCGCUGUGGAGCGCCCUGGUGGCUCUUUUCAGGAGGGUCCACAAGGAAAGGGAGCAGGCCUUUGAGAAAAGUAUGAAGCUGUAUCGGGAUGCUUCCCCUGGAGAUGUUGGCGUUCCCUUGAAACUGUUUCCUGCAGACCCUGGCGCGCUGCAAGGUUCCUACCCCUACGAGUCUGCUGUUCAGGAGCUUAGGCUUCUCAUCAAAGACUGCUGUCCACAGAGGAAGCUGGAAUGCAUUGUGAGGACAUUACGGCUGAUCUGUGCCUGCGCUGAGGAUUACAGGUGUCUCCAUGAGGUGGACUCCACACCGAAAACAGCCGCAAUCGGUGCAGACGACCUAUUGCCCAUCCUGUCCUUCGUGGCACUGCGGUGCCAGUGUCCCCAGCUGGUGUCCGAAUGUGCUGCUUUGGAAGAAUUCAUUCAUGAAGGCUAUUUGAUAGGCGAGGAAGGGUACUGUCUGACCUCCAUGCAGAGUGCCUUGGCCUAUAUUGAGUCAUUGCACACAGGAGGAGGUCACAUUCCUGCAGACAAAGUCAUCUGAAAAAGGUUGCUGCAGUCAGAGACCCUGUUGAUGGUUCACCCCACAUUCCCUACUGCGCUCCAGACACAGCAGCCCAACCUGCAGCUCCCUGCAAGUUGUGCAGACGCAUGUUAUCUUGUAUGCACAUAGACUUACUGUAUAUUUAACUGUUUGCAGCCGACGGCUAAACCAGUGCCUAUGAGUUGUUUGUUCAUAAACUGGGCUUUGUUGGAACCUCUAACAAUGUAUUUUCAAACUGCGAAGCACUGCUUUAUUAAGUAGCACUGGAUUGUUAAAGGGACAUUGAAAUCAGAGUUGUCUUAGAUAACCUUUGGAAGUGAAGCCAUUGAGAAUAGGAGUGCUUUCAGAGGAAAGCCUGCAGUAUGGUUUACUAAUGAGGGAAUAUAUUUGGAAACCAUAUUGAAGGUCUUAUUAUUGUGAAGCACCUCAUUGCUUCAGGAAAUCAAUAAUGUCUAUUUUAAGCUGUGUAAUCGGAUGCAUUUUUUUCUUGUCUGUCUUAAUUUUUUUUUUUUUUUUUUUUUUUUACAAAAUUCAUGCACACCCUUAAUUGUAUGUCUGCGGUUGACUUUAUAUGUAUUUUUUACUUGUGACUGAUGGCAAAAUCCAUCCACAAACUAUGAAUCAAAAAUAUGAAUUUAUGCACUUUAGGUUGAGGCUACACUGGAUGAUGGCAUUGAGUUCAGACUGCAGAUCUAUUUGCAGACAGACUUACCUCCAGGAGAGAGACAGAGAUUUACAGAGAUGCCAUCUAACAACAAUGUGAGACACUGGAGGAGCGGGGAGAAAAGUCCAGUUUGUAAUGUAUGUAGCCGUUCACUUUGUCUGCAUGUAACAUUGUUAUGUAGUACUUACUAUACUACUACUACUAAUAAUAAGUAAAACAGUUCCACUUUUUACAUGUGUGGUGGUUGCUUUUUAAGACAAUUUUCAAGCCACGCCACAGGGAAUCUAUCUUUUAAUGCCAAGGUUCAAAAUCAAUCAACUCUUAAAAGCUGAAGGGUAAAUGAAUUCCCACAGCUUAUUUUUAUACUUUUCACCCAUUUCCAAUGCCUCUUUUGAUCUCAGAUUAACAACCAUAAUGAAAAUAAAAUGGCAAACUUUACAUCUAAAAGAAGAUUAUCCUCCGGUAUUUCUUGAGGAGUUUAUAAAUUAGAAGUUGCAUGGAAUUAUAGAGAUCGUGUCAUGUUGAUUUGAUCUGACUGGGCACUAUUACAUUUCUGAAAUGCAUUUCUAUGAAGUCUCAAGCUUUAGUUUUAACUACAUGCAGACAUAGUGUGUGUUUACCUGAAAGAGUUUGGUGUUCUUGUAUUUUUAUAGCCCUUUACCUGCAAAUCAUGUUUACUUGAGUGCCCAUCGUCUAUAAAGCAUGAUGUUUUUUUUCCCC